CAUGUUCUGGUGAACUUUUUUCACGCACCUCCCCAAAACUCUGAUUACAUCUCUCGUGUGUGCCUUCAGCACUACGCGGGGCCAUAAAAGCGCAGAGAGCCGGAGGCGCGCUCCAGCUGACAGGUACAAGAUGGGCACGGAGCGCGCGCCGCGGCUCUUGGCACGGGAAGCGCGCGCAGCUGCAGCGCUGUAGGAUCUCGCCGCGUGCACGAUCCGCUCCAUCAUCUCACCGACACCGCAGCCAACUACCCGAUUGAUAAACACGUUCUGUGUAACUUUCUUACAGAGCAGAGCUUUCGACGCGGCGAGCGAUGAAGUGUUUGGGGACACUGGUCAUUGUGGACGCGCUUCUGCGGGUCGCGCUGAGCCUCUCAGUGGAAAGCGAGCUUUGUUCUCCGGUUCUGCUCGAGCACCCGAAUUCUGACCAGCAGAACUUGGCCCACGACGUGCUAGACGUGGGCGGGCGGCGCGUGCUCAUUAAAGUACACGCGUUCAGGACGGAUUUCACCGUGAGCCUGAUGGCUGACAGCGCGUUCCUCUCCCGCGCCCUCUUCGCGCACCGCGGCGCUCCGGCAUCCAGGCGCGCGUCCGACCCCGACUGGAGCCGCUGCUUCUACUCCGGUCAUGUUAAUUCGGACCCCGAUUCCUAUGCGGCUUUCAGCCUGUGCAAAGGCUUGCGGGGGGCCUUUGGUUUCCAGGGGAGGGAGUAUGUCAUCAGUCCAGUGGGGAAUGUCACCACAUCGGGGAUGCGGGGGCACGUCGCAGGCGCGCACACGAUACAGCGCAGAGACGCGUCUGACUCUGAGCGGAGCAGCGGUCCCACCUCCAGGUGCGGAGUGAACUCCUCCGUCACCGGCGAUGUUUUAGAGGCUUUAGAGAAACACCGGACACCGAACACAACAGGGAACUGGAUGGAAGACGUUUCUAGAGGCGCGGGCCGGUCCAAGCGAUUCGCGUCCAUGCCCAGGUACGUGGAGACCCUGGUGGUGGCCGAUGACUCCAUGGCCAGAUUCCACGGCGACGACGUCAAGCACUACAUCCUGACUCUCAUGGCGGUGGCCGCCCAGCUCUACAAACAUCCCAGCAUCAUGAACUCCAUCAACAUCGUGGUGGUCAAGCUGGUGGUGCUCAAGGAAGCCGAGAAGGGGCCUAAAGUGUCGGGUAACGCGGCGCUGACCCUGCGGAACUUCUGCACCUGGCAGAAAAAGAUGAACAAGAACAGCGAUAAACACCCAGAGUACUGGGACACUGCUGUCCUGUUCACCAGACAGGACCUGUGCGGAGCCACCACAUGUGAUACUCUGGGCAUGGCAGACGUGGGAACCAUGUGUGAUUCCAAAAGAAGCUGCUCUGUCAUCGAGGAUGACGGCCUGCCUUCGGCCUUCACCACAGCGCAUGAGUUAGGACAUGUGUUCAACAUGCCCCAUGACAAUGUGAAGGCCUGCGAGGAGGUGUUUGGGGAGCUGAAGGAGAACCACAUGAUGUCCCCCACGCUGAUCAAGAUCGACCGCAGCAGUCCUUGGUCUGCCUGCAGCGCAGCCAUCAUCACCGAGUUCCUGGACAGUGGCCACGGCGACUGCCUGUUGGAUCAGCCCGAAAAGCCGCUGGCGUUACCUGAGGAUCUCCCCGGUUCUAGCUACGGGCUGACGCGGCAGUGUGAGCUGGCGUUUGGCACCGGCUCCAGGCCCUGCCCCUACAUGCAGCCCUGUACCCGGCUCUGGUGCACCGGCAAAGCCGGAAAUCAACUUGUCUGCCAGACACGCCACUUCCCUUGGGCUGACGGCACCGCCUGCGGGGAGGGACGUCUCUGUCUCCGAGGGGUUUGCACAGACAAGGGGGCCGCCACCAAGGCCCGGGUGGAUGGUCGCUGGGGCAAGUGGGGAGAGUUUGGCCCCUGUUCUCGGACGUGUGGUGGAGGGGUUCAGCUGGCUAAAAGAAACUGUGACAGUCCAGUUCCCGCCAAUGGGGGCAAGUACUGCCAGGGCGUCCGUGUGAAGUACCGCUCCUGCAACCUGGAGGCCUGUCCAGACACAGGUAAGAGUUUCCGGGAGGAGCAGUGUGAGGCCUUCAACAGCGUGAGCCUUAACACCAACAGACUUGCUCCUUCUGUGGUAUGGGUCCCUAAGUACUCAGGGGUCUCCCCCAAGGACCAGUGCAAACUCAUCUGCAGAGCAAAUGGCACUGGUUACUUCUAUGUCCUGGCCUCCAAGGUGGUGGACGGCACACCCUGCUCACCCGACACCUCGUCUGUCUGCGUCCAAGGCAGGUGCAUCAGGGCAGGCUGUGAUGGCAAGCUCUCUUCCAACAAGAAGUUUGACAAGUGCGGUGUGUGCGGGGGGGACAACCGCAGCUGCAAGAAGGUGUCGGGGCUGUUCACCAAGCCCACGCACGGUUACAACUUUGUGGUGAUGUUGCCCGUUGGUGCGUCCAACAUCGAUAUCAGGCAGCGGGGGUACAGAGGCCUGGUGAAUGACGAUAACUACCUGGCCAUAAAGGACAGCCUGGGCCACUACCUGUUGAAUGGGAACUACGUGGUGUCGGCCGUUGAGAGGGACAUUGUGGUGCAUGGGGGUCUGCUACGCUACAGCGGCACGUCAGCAGCAGUCGAGACGUUGCGGGCUGUUGGGCCCCUGCGCCAAGCGUUGGCUGUGGAGGUGCUCUCCGUCGGGAAGAUGACGCCACCACGCAUCCGCUACUCCUUCUACCUGCCCAAAGAGAGCAAGGAGGACAAGGUCCUAAAGAAGAAAGGGCAGAGCCAAUCCCAGAAUAGCGUGCUGCCAGGUGGCCGGAAGGCAGCAUCCAAGGAGCCGACGCUCAGUCAGACACCACUGAAGUGGACAGUGAGUGCCUGGGAGGCUUGCUCUGUGAGCUGCGGCAGUGGUCUCCAGAAAAGGAUGGUACAAUGUCUUGGCCCCGGCAGCAAGGUGGCCAGCACCUGUGACUAUUCACAGCAGCCCAGCACCAUCCAGGCCUGCGGAGAACCCUGCCCCACAUGGGACAUUGGUGAGUGGUCGCCCUGCUCCAAGAGCUGUGGGAAAGGCUUCAAACGGCGGGUGCUGCGAUGCAUCUCGCACUCAGGUGGGCUCUUUCCCAGAGAGCAGUGUGCAGGCAAGAAGAAGCCACAGGAGCUGGACUUCUGUACUAUACGAUCCUGCUAGGUUCCCUACUCCCCCAACGUCUCCAUGCCAACAACAACUUUGCAGGUUAUAGGUCUCCAAAUGUACGUAUAUGUAUCCUUAAUGAUUCAAAGUUGUGUGACGCAGGGUCUGGUAUCAGUAGGAGGGAAAUAUGACUCAACACAGGAAUCAAUGACAGCGGCUAUGGAUUUGAACAAUGUGGAGCUGGAGUUAUACACAGAAGUCUACCUCUCACAACGCAUGAAAAUACAAACGCACACAUACAAACGGGAGAACGCAGAUUAACAAACAUAAUGAGCAAAUACGAUGUGCGCGGUUCAGACAUGGGCCUAUAGUGAAAUAGAGGAGGCAAUAAAGGCUCCAAAUUAGCAAUGGAUUGGCCUGAAAAAAUUCCCAGAUGACAGGUAAGUCAUGCAUGUGUUCUGUGUUUGAGCACAGACAUGAUAAAGGAAUGUGAACAAAUCUUUGCAGUAUUACUAGAGUAUCCAGGAACCCAAUAGUGCUUACAAGUGACAAGUGAGUGCCUACAUGACAAGUGCUAUUGUGUCUCUAAUGGGGAAUUACUAGAGUUCUUACCCUGUGAACACAACGUCAUGAAGAUAGCGGAGUCUUGUUAAGGCACUGGGAAGAUGGAAACUUUAACCGAUGUGGUAUUGCUUCAGUAUUGCUAUGGCUUUCUGCCUCAAGAUGGAUUCUGUUGCCAAGGGUUGUUUCCUAUCCCCUUACUGCCGGCUGGGAUUUCCCUCUGCAGUUACAAUUCAUUUUCAGCUAAAUAUGGUUUGUCAGUGAUUCUCCCAUCACUUCUUAAAAUGCCUUUGUACUGCAAAAGACCAUUCUUAUUCUGCCAACUUUGUAUGCCUUGUUACCUUGAGCUCUGUGGUGGAUUGUAGUCUUUUGCUCUUUUGCUGUGUUGUACUGUACAGUACAUGUGGUAAGACAGUGAUGGUGUCCAGACUAAUUAUGCCCUUGCUUCCAUUUAGUAUUUUACUGAAUCAAUAAGUUAAUCAGUGUUAAAUAAACAUUUUUAAAGCACUAUACUCAGUUUUAUGUGCUGUGGACCCUGUGGCCACUUUCUAUGAUGUUUUGUGUUGUAGGAAACCCUGUAAUCCGCCACUUCGUACAUCUGUCGCAGUUUUUCCAGAGGGACUAAGUCUUCCAUCUAAAAGAUGGCUCCUUUAUUACUACCUGUAUUUUUUUCUUUUGCACAUUGUACAGCAAAAGAUUUACAUGUUCUU